AUGGUUUAUUUUAGAGUAACAGUAUCAGUCGGCGCUGAGUACAAUGCUGGCGGAGAUCCAGAGAAGAAACAAUACGUGUUUAGUCUAAAACGAAGAAAUUAUCGAAGCAGAAAUCCUCAACAACGUCAUACAGAUCCAAAAGAACAUACAUACCCUCCAAAGUCAAAUGGAUUUUAUUUGACAAAAGAAAUUCAUUCAUGGUCCGAGGAUGACGUUAUGAAUUUUAUGAAUGAUAAUAAAUUAUAUCCAAUGACAAAACUUUGUCGCAAUAUGAAUGGUACAAAAUUGUAUGAAUUAUACAGAGAUAGUGAUCAAAAUUCCGUGGUAGCACACAAUUUAUUAAAAGAGGAUUUAAAAGGAGUAUAUGGCAUUGAUCUACUCCCGCGGUACACGUAUUUAAGUUUUAUUGGUGAAUUAAGAGAACAUCUGAGACGACGAAAUAGAACAAUACAAACUGACAUUGUCGACAAAAUAUGA